ACAUAAAACAAAAGGUACAGUAUAUACCAUAAAUCUCCGAGAUUCUUUUGAUGUAUCUGUCCAUUUCAUUAUUACACAAACUAGGAAACUGAUAUCUCUCUAUUCACAUUCCUCUGAUUCUAUUUCUCUUUAUAUAUAUUCACCCAUUAACCAUCUCAAUCUUAUAACCCUCAAAAUCACAAUCUUCUCUUACAAAAAACUUUGAAAGAUGAAGAUUCUUCUAGCAUCAUUGUGUUUGAUCAGUCUUCUCGUAAUCUUGCCUUCUGUCUUCUCUGCUUCUUCUUCCUCUGAAGAUUUUGAUUUCUUCUACUUCGUCCAACAAUGGCCAGGAUCAUACUGUGACACACAGAAGAAGUGUUGUUAUCCAAAUUCAGGCAAACCAGCUGCUGAUUUUGGCAUUCAUGGUCUUUGGCCUAACUACAAAGAUGGAACUUAUCCAUCUAACUGUGAUGCCUCUAAACCAUUCGAUAGCUCAACGAUAUCAGAUCUUCUCACUUCAAUGAAGAAGAGCUGGCCAACACUGGCUUGCCCAAGCGGUUCAGGUGAAGCGUUUUGGGAGCACGAAUGGGAGAAGCAUGGUACUUGCUCUGAAUCGGUUAUCGAUCAACAUGAAUAUUUCCAAACCGCUCUUAACCUUAAACAGAAAACCAAUCUCCUUGGAGCUCUAACCAAAGCCGGGAUUAAUCCGGAUGGAAAAUCUUACUCUUUGGAGAGCAUAAGAGAUUCGAUAAAAGAGUCAAUUGGUUUCACUCCUUGGGUUGAGUGUAACAGAGAUGGUUCUGGUAAUAGCCAAUUGUACCAAGUCUAUCUUUGUGUUGACCGGUCUGGUUCCGGUUUAAUCGAAUGUCCGGUUUUCCCACAUGGGAAAUGUGGAGCUGAGAUCGAAUUCCCUUCUUUUUAGUUUCCAAUUUCUAAAUUCAGUCUCUUGAACCGGCAUCGAUCUUUUGUUCAUGGAGAUUGGUUUGGUCAAAAAGAAGAUUUAAUGUAAUAAAAAUUUAUGGGAUAUUGGAUAAUGAUAUAGUUCAAUUUCAAUAAUAUUCUACGUAUCCGCAUGGUUUAACUCUAAAAUAUAUAGUGAAAAUAGUUCAAUUUUUCUCUAAAACUAGAAAACAAAUCUUUC